AUGACUGAUACGCAAUCGGGCUGGCAAUACUUAGACAACACCAGUAUAAGUGUAACUGCUGGAGAGCCGUUUGGUAUCACAUGUGAAGCAUCUCGGGCAAGGCCUCCUGUGGUACUGCAAUGGGUGACACCUAAGGGUGUCUCCGCUGUUCAUCACGAUCAGUCGGAUGUCAUCCAUUAUGGAUCUUACAUCUCCUGGAGAACUUUGAUAAUCACAGCGUCCAGGAACGAUCACGGACAAAUUCUUAACUGCAUUACAUCACACCCAGAACUACAGAAAAAUAUUAGACGCUCAGUUAGUCUGAAUGUUCAUGUUCUUCCUUCCAGUGUGCUGCUCUUUCUAACUGGAGGUAACCAGUCACUCUCAACAGUCCUACACGUUCAAGAAGAUUCACCGACUUCAAUCACUUGUAAAAGUAUUGGGUCAUUCCCAGCAACUGAACUAUCAUUAUGGUUAGUUGGUGACUUUGGCAGGACUCCGAUCCACGCAAAUGUGUCAAGUAAUAGGAGCGUUUUAGACGACACUUUGUUUGACACUGAAAGUACCAUUACCAUUAGACCAGAUGCCACGAACAAUGGAAUGCACAUUGUAUGUUUCUCGAAUAUGGACGAUGUUUUCUUUGUUAAAGUACUGACAGUUAGACUAUUUGUUUACGGUCUACCAGACAAUGUCGUAAUGAUUGUCCGUGGUGAUAUGCUCGAAGGCUCUGAGACCAACAUAACAUGUACAGCUCUUAAUGGAUACCCCGCUCCUCACAUCCACUGGUAUAUCGGGUCAAGGAACGUCACAGGCAAUUCAUCUGUGAAGACAUCCAUUAAUAGUGCUGAUCGAUAUGAUGCUGAAAGCACUCUGACCAUCAUUACAAAUAGGUUUGACCACGGCAAACGUCUUCUCUGUCAGGCAACUCAACCUACUUCAUCCACUUUGUGUUCCGUGAAUAACACAAAGGUUUUGCAAAUAUAAUUUCAACCUUAGAUCAGGACGAUGACUGUAAUGAAAACCGAAAAUCACCAGAUUAUUCAGUUAUAAAAAAAUGAACAAUGAAGAAAAAUAUACAUAAAUAUUGACAACGGAAUUCAAAUGAAUUUCCGCAGUUCCACUCGACAAUGCUCCAUUUCGAUAAUUAAAGCAAGGUUUAUCAUGGCCGUACCCAUAUUUUUUUCCCGGGGGGGGGGGGGGUCAAAACGCAUGAAAUUUCUUAGGAAUGUUUCUCAAAGUAAUUAUUUUAUGUUCGCACAGAAAGUGAUGAUGCUGUUAUAAUCUUGAAUAUUGUUCCAACCAUACACGUGACUUCAUAUUGUUAACUGAGUACCCCCAAGUACUCCAGUUAAAAAUUGUGAUGAGGAUUAACACUUCCGUAAAUAAUUGAUCCUCUAUGCACUAGGCAGACGAUUUAACUAGAUAUUUAUUAAUCCAUGUCUAACAUUUAAUGACCAGUAUAUCAAUGGUGACAAUACAGUUGUUGCAUCUUUAUUUCAACAGUGGUCUAUGCAUAUGGCAUAUGAUGUAUAUACAUGUAUUUUUUCUCAUGUUGUUGGAUUGAUUUAGCAAAAAUAUAAACAAAAGGGAUAAAACCUGUUUCAUAGUUUUGUUCUGUCUGAUGUUGUGGAUGGGCAGGGUUGACAAGAAUGAUUCAAGUAAUUCCUGCUAUGAAUAGAUUGCGUGGGAACGUGUUCAUGGUAAUAAAAAACCCCGCCAAGUACCAUUUCAAAAUACACAUAGAAAAAAGUGAACACUCUUGUUAACAACCUCAACGAUGAUUUUGCUACAUUUAACUAAAGGUUAGUGAAGAAUAGAUUGGCGGUGCAUAUAGACACACGCAAUUUUGGUUGAUUGGGGUAUACCCGAUGUUUUCUUAGGACCAAAUGUAAUCAAAAGAGUAACUUAAAUGAAAUAACGAGAAAUCAUGACUAUACAUUGACAGGUGCAAUACACGUAAACGUGGAUGUCAGAGAAGUGAAAGCUGCAGAUUACCAACGCAUGCAUUAAAUUGGUAUCAGCCUCUAGAUGGAGCUGCGAUGACGCCAGUAAAUAAGGUCUUUAUUAAGUUAAUGACAUGUGAUGUAAUAAGUAAUUUCAAAGUUGUGUGUAUGUGUAGGGGGGUUAUCUGCAGUUUAUGUAAUUCAUUUAAAUGAAAUCCUAAUAAAAACAUGUUGAAAAAAAGUUAUGGCAUGGAGUGGCUAGGUUGUAAAUUGAUAAUUUGUUGUGUAUUAUUUGAGUGCCGAUUAACGGCAGUGGCAUGCUAAGAGUUAGCGGUGUCGAUUAGGAUCAAUAGGGUGAACUUUACACACAAUAAAUGUGUUCAGGAACACUUUCACUGAGUUACCUCUGAUUGUGUUCGUUUGGGCACAUGUGUCGUUACGGUUCUCUGGACGCCAUCCCACUCCAUUGUUUGAUGUAAGUAGGUUAUGCAAACUUCAACCUCAAAUCGGAUAAGAGAAAGAGCACACUCUCUCGCCAGAUCAUUGAAAUGCCGCCAUACACUUAAUAUAUCUAAUAUACAUAACAUCGUACUUUCAUUUUCAACCGUUGACAACUUAAGACAUCAUGUCGUUUUUUCGUAAUGUGCUUUAACGGCAUGGAUGAUUGAAAGUAAUCGAACAAAUUU